CACCCACUGGAGUUGAGCUGCACGUCUGCUGUGUUGAUGCCGAACAAAAUGGCUGCAGAGGCUUGAUCCCGACUCGACACUCUCAGCGCUUUCUCCGGACACUCCGCACUUAUCCCUGGAUAUUUCCACUGUCGUUUUAAAAGCAUCUCUGGAUUUCUCCACACGACUGCAGCCAGACUGCUCGCCACAUCGCUCGCUAUCUUUAUUUUUGCACUUUAAUGAAGCAGCUCGCAUCGUAUAAUUUCAUGUCAGUCUACCAGACAGUAACGUUAGCAGCUUCAAACUGCCCUCUUCUUCAUCUUGCACCGUAGAUGAGAAGCUAUUUCUGAUGACCAAUUUAUGCCACUGUAAUUGACAAACUGCCUCGCUGAUUUAAUGUAUUUUAUUCCUGUCUUUUCGAGGGUAUUUAUAUGUUAUGGAAAUGUCAUGUGCUGUUUUUCCAGCAUGCAUGCAUCUAUAAUCUCCAUCAGAGCCCAAAGCUCUGAGUCUGCAUAGAAAUUUCACAACAGUCCUUUUCCCUUUGCAUACUGAAUUUUGCGUUUAUUUUCGUUCUGCUGCCUUUUUUGGACUCUUUCAGCUGCGCAUUCAGUACAGUGUUACUUGGGUCUGUCUGUUUUUACGGGUACUUUUUUUUUUUCGGAAAAAAAUAAGCCUUUUAUACCGCUGUACAACAUGCAACACUUUUUUAAAGAAAGCUGCCAAAGCUCGACUUGUGAACAAAAAGCUGAGAGAAGCUGAACAUCACGAGGAGAGAACCAUUUGAUGGAAGAAAAGAAAAAGAAAAAGCAAGAAGAAGAGACAAAGAAGGAUACUGCGCAGAAAACGGAUACUGAACAGAAAACCAAAGUGCCAGACUCUGUUAAAUCCAAUCCCAGCAUCCUUUCAAGCCCCAUUCUGACCUUGAACCUGCCUGUACCCUCUGCUGCCACCACCAGCAAUGGCAAGCGUAGCCCUUGUAAUUCCCUACAACAGCAGUUACCUCCAUUACAGCAGCCCAGUCCCCGAUAUGUGCCCAGAGAGGUUCCUCCACGCUUCCGACAGCAGGAGCAGAGGCAGCUACUGAAGAGGGGUCAACCUUUACCUACAGGCGCCCUGAACCCGACCUCUGCUUGCACUCAGUCCGGGGUCAUCUCCCCUCCCGAGACGCCCACCAGCAAACGGCACACGGGACUUCCUCAUCAAAGUGGACUGGGAGCCCAGCAUGAGAAUUGUCUUUGGAGCAUCCCAGUCAGCAAAAGCAACAGCAGCAACCGGGAUAAAGUGAUUAUUAACUGUAACGACACUGACACUUGGCCUUCCGAUACAUACAGCAAGAGCCACCAGACACCAGAAUGCACCUUGAACGCUGAAUGCACAUCAGAGGUCGUCAGCAACAGUAGCAGCACUAUUAUGGCUACAGGAGCUAGCCAGCAGGGUCAUUACCCAUUCAGCAAAGCCAGCAUUAAUCUCUCUUCUAGUAUGGUCUCUAGUCAAAGUGGCCCUACCAGGGGCUGGGUCUCAGAGGGAAAAACUGACUUGUCCAUGGGCAGUAGAGGGCAGUCCAACUGGGGUGCCUCUAAUCUGAACCUAAAUCCCAGUGCCAACCCUGCUGCUUGGCCAGCACUUGGACAUGAGGGUCCUGGGGUAGGGUCAUGCCCUAGUAGCAUGGUUUGCUCAAAUCAACUUUCGCUCAAUAUGUGUGGCCAAGGAGGAGUGGCACCACCUCAUGGCACCAAUGGAAAUGGUAGCAUUGGUUGUGUCAAUGGAAACCUUGUAGGGGACUGUGCAUGGGGCAACCCGGAUGUACCAGAACAGCAUCAGUCACCCACAAAUGUAUCUUUCAACAUGAAACCUCCUAACCUUAAAACUGAUGGACCAAAUAACACUAAACCAGAGCCAAUGAGUCCAGUGAACAGCUGGAGAGGAAACCUCAGUCAGUCACCUACUGAGCCCGAAGAUGGAACUGCCUUCUGGGGCACCGGCGAUGCCAAAAAUGUAGAAUCAAAGGACUCAGGCUGGGAUUCUGCAGGCGUCUCCUCUUGGGGGCAGGGAGGAGCUAGCAGUGGUGGCGGCUGGGGUGAAUGGGGCAAACAACCUAGCACUGAAGGUACAGGAUGGGAUGUGAAUGAUGGUCCUUCCCAGGACCAUAUGAGUUCCUGGGGCCCUGAUACUCCAGCAAGUGAGGGCAGCAGGGACAGUAGUGAGGGCCACCCAAGAAGAAGAGAAAGGUCCUCAAGUGAUGAUUUGGCCCCUUUGCUCCCAAGGCAGGACUUGGACCCACGUGUCCUCUGCAACACAGGCUGGGGACAGACUCCAGUUCGCCAACACACUGUUUGGGAAAUGGAAGAAAGUCCAGACAAAAAGAAUGGUCCAGGGACUGAGGUCUGGGGGUCUUCCUCCAACACACCUUCAGCUGGACCUGCACCACCUCCUCCUGGAUGUGCCAGUCCCAACCUCAGUGUACCUCCUAGAAUGGAGACAAGCAAGAGCGAGGGAUCUUGCAGAGCCAUACCAAAUGCAGGCUGGGGAGGAUCAGUCUCAGCCUCUUCUCAGCCUAACAGUGGAUGGGGGGAACCUCCUGCAAAUAAAAAGGUUCCCAAUGGAUCCCAGUGUGGCUGGGGUGAUCCUGUUGCUGAAGGUCCUAAUACCAAUGGCUGUAAUGGCCAAUCCUGGGCUGAGGAAAAGUCCCCUAGCUGGGAUGAUGGUACUUCUCAGAAGAAAAAACAAGGUUGGGGUGAUGGAACCAAAACUUUCUCAGGCUGGGGAAGUAGUGGCAGUGGGAAUAGUGGAGAGUGGGGUGACCCUUCAGAAAUGCGAAAGAAUGGCUCUGGAAGUUCCUCUUGGGACCCUGACAACAGAAACUGGAAAGAAACACAGAGAGGAUGGGGUAAAGCAGCACCAGCACAGGGUGGUAGUUGGGGUGAUGCUCAACAUUCCAAUGGUUCAGCCCAAGGUUGGGGUGGAAAACUUCAGGAAUCCACAUGUGGCAACGGUGGAGCUGGAGGCAUAGGAUCAUGGGGCAACCCAAAUUCUGUGAAACAGAGCAACUCUGGCUGGACAUCAGGAGGGCAACAGGAGCCGGGAGAUGAGGCCACAGGCUGGGAAGAACCCUCCCCUUCUUCUAUUCGUCGCAAAAUGGAAAUUGAUGAUGGGACUUCCACCUGGGGUGACCCCAGUGCUUACAGCAAGAGUGUAAAUAUGUGGGACAGGAAUAACUCCCAAAAUCAUCCAGGAACCAGCAACAGUGGCAACAGUAAUAGCCUCACUGGGACAAACAACAAUAGCAAGCCUCACCAACACCACAGCCAAGGUCCCACUCAGAACCAUGUCAGUGGUAGCAACAACAAUGGAUCACCCAAUCAAGGUGAAUCUCCUCUCAACAGAAUUCCCGUGGUGAACCCAGGCUGGGGAGAGCCUGGUAAUGUACAGCCAAACUCAGAACCCUCUUCAUGGGGUGAGCCAGCCAAUUCUAACUCUUCUGUGGACAAUGGAACUUCAACUUGGGGCCAGCCCUCUAGGGGCUGUGGGCGAUGGGGUGAAGGUGGCCAUGACUCCAAUGGACCUUAUGGCAGAGGAAAUGCACCUGCUGGAUCAGGCUCCUGUCAGGAAGGUCCAAAAUCUAUGCAAGAUGGCUGGGGAUCAGGAGGGGAAGAGAUUGGCAUGAACACUGGCCAAUGGGAUGCUGAUGAUGGUGACAUGUGGAACAGUCCUACAUCCCAAGAUUCCUCUUGUAACUCCUGGAGUCAAUCCAAGAAAGGCCCACAAAGGUAAUAUUGCUAUUGUUUGAUCUUUACAGGGCAAGUCUCCAACAGGCAGGAUGAUGUUUGGAUUAUGACCAGACUUAUCAAACAGCUUACAGAUAUGGGUUUUCCAAAGGAUCCUGCAGAAGAAGCCCUAAAGAGCAACAAUAUGAAUCUGGAUCAGGCCAUGAGCGCUUUGUUGGAGAAGAAAACUGAGCUGGACAAACGGGGGAUGGGCAUGUCAGACUACAGUAAUGGAAUGAAUAAGCCCAUGAUGUGCCGACCCACAAACCUCUCCAAAGACCCCUCAAUGGAUCGUGCCCCCUUCCUAGACAAGGAUGGUAGGCUGUCAGAUGAUGCUUCAACCUCACAGUUUAUGCCUUCUCCUGGCCUCAAGCUCCCACUGGCCAAUAGCAGCAUCCCUAGCCACGGAUUGGGUGGGGUCUCCUCUGGCCUGUCCAUGCAAAACUUGAACAACAGACAGAUGCAGAAUGGAAUGUUCGGCACUAAUGGAGCAGCACAAACUCGGGUCAUGCAGCAGCAGGCCCCGCCCCCUCAGCCACCAGUGCCACCUCUUAGCUCCGCCCAGCCUACUCUACGUGCUCAAGUGCCUCAGCUUCUCAACCCUCAGGUUCAAGCACAGCUCUUACAGUUUGCGGCAAAAAACAUUGGACUGAAUCCUGCACUUUUAACCUCACCAAUAAAUCCUCAACAAAUGACCCUGCUGUACCAACUACAACAACUGCAGGUGGCGUAUCAGCGUUUGCAGAUUCAGCAUCAAAUGAUGCAGGCUCAACGUAAUGUCUCUGGUCCCAUCAAACAACAAGAGCAACAAGUUGCACGUACAAUCACAAACAUGCAGCAGCAGAUUCAGCAGCACCAGCGUCAGCUGGCCCAGGCCCUGCUUAUGAAACAGCAGCAGCCUCCACCUUCCUCCCACACUGGCCUGCACCCACAUCUUGGCAAGGCAACCCUGGAUACUUUCACGGGUCAUCCUCAGACUUUAGGCCUCUCCGUCUCAGACCUGCAAACCAAAGAGCAGCAGUCUUCUCCAAACUCCUUCAGCCCUUAUACACUCUCUGGUUUGAACCCGAACAUGAAUGUAAACUGUAUGGAGGUGAGAAGUCUAUCUCUCAAAGACCCCCCUCAGCCUCAAUCCCGGCUCUCCCAAUGGACUCAUUCAAACUCCAUAGAUUCCCUGUCAGCUAGUGCUCAGCACAUGGAGGCAAACCUCAAUAAGCAUGGUUCAAUCUCUUCUGCACAGUCCCAUGUUCCUGUCGGAAAGAGCACCAUGGAAGAUUCCUUCAGCCCAUACAAUCUGAUGUCAAGCUCUGAAUCCCCCACCAGCACCUUGGUGUCUCCAGAGAGCUGGACACAAGGCAAAAGUCCCAAUGAGAAAAUGUCUAGUAACUCCAAUAUCAACUGGCCUCCUGAAUUUUGCCCUGGGGUGCCAUGGAAAGGUCUGCAGAACAUUGACCCUGAGAAUGACCCCAACAUGACCCCAGGAAGUGUUCCAAGUGGCCCCACCAUUAACACUAACAUACAGGAUGUGAAUCGCUACCUGUUACGUGACAGGACUGGAGCCUCGUCCCCAUCUCAGAUUGGGACUGUCUCUUCCUCGAGUGAGUGGUCAGUCAGUGCCUGUAACUCGUUCGGUCUGUCCUCUCAGAACGAGAGGGACGCUAACAGUCCAGGUAAACUCCUGGAAAUGAAGUCUACCUGGUCCCCUGGACCCAUCUCCCACACACAGGCCUCUUUAUCUCAUGAGUUAUGGAAGGUUUCCCCAGGGACACGUAACUCCAGUGCUCCCUCACGCCCCCCUCCAGGCCUGACCAACACCAAGACCCCUUCCACCUGGGGAGGAAACUCUCUUGGCCUCAGCCAGGGCUGGAAUGGCUCUUACUCCUCAGAAGGGGGAACUUGGAGCUCUGACAGUCCCAACAGAGGAAGCAGCUGGCUGGUGCUGAGAAACCUCACUCCUCAGAUUGACGGCUCCACCCUGCGGACUCUGUGCAUGCAGCACGGCCCUCUCUUUACCUUCCAUCUGAACCUGACGCAGGGCAAUGCUGUUGUACGUUACAGCUCCAAGGAGGAGGCUGCCAAAGCCCAAAAAUCUCUGCACAUGUGUGUGCUGGGUAACACUACCAUCCUGGCAGAGUUUGCCGGUGAGGACGAUGUGAACCGCUUCUUUGCACAGGGCCAGUCCCUUACCCCCACCACCAGCUGGCAGGCCAGCCCAGCACCAGGCUCCAAUCAACCCCGGCUGGGCAACCCUGCUGCCAGCCACCCCACAGGCCUCUGGAGCGGGGGUGGAGGAGGUACCAAGACAGUCUGCAGUACCGGAAACAGCAGCAGCGGAAACGGAGGUGACCUGCUAUGGGGAGGUGUGCCGCAGUACUCCAGUUUGUGGGCUCCCCCAAAUGGAGACGACACCAGGGUAAUCGGCAGCCCCAUCCCAAUUAAUACUCUGCUCCCAGGAGACCUGCUGAGUGGAGAGAGCAUGUAGGAUGUAUCGGACAUCAUAAACCAACAAAGUCAAAAGACCUAAUGGAUCAAAACCCAAGCAAAUCAAUGUGGCGAUAAUCAUUUUUUGUGGAGCUGUAAUGGAGGUUUAGGGUGAAGCAAAGCUGCAAACCUCCCACUGCUGUUUAUUUGUCCUCUGUUUUUUACGUCAGACUCUCUGUUGUGUUCGUGGAUCUUGUUCUUAGUGUUCAAAGACCUUGAGAAGCAAGAGUCAGUAGAAGCAGAAGCCUGUUAAUGCUUUUUUUUUUUUUUUUUUCUCCAAAAGGUUGUUUUUUUUUUUUUUCUCAGAAGUGUUGUUCAGGAGAAGCCAUCAACGAGGCAGCCAUCUGAAGGCGACCCAGGCACAGUGAGACCUCAUGACACCUUUCCCUAUAACCACACUGUUCUGAUGAUUGGAAUGAUCCUGGUACUUUUUUGGUUUUAAAUUUUGCAUAGUUUCUUCAGAACUUAUAUUAGCCGUAAGUGCUCUCUCUCCAGGUCCUCCUUAAAACGUUUAUUUUAUAAAACCAACAAAAAAAAAAAAAAAAAUGUAUCUUGCACAGUUCUGUUUCUGAGCCAGCGAAUAGGCCAGAGCAAAUGAGAAGAACACUCCUAGCAGUGGCCUGUCAGCAUGACUAAUCACCAAUGAUCUUUUUUUCUUUAAUUCUUUUAGUUUUACAAAAGGGAGCUGCACUGCUCUAUGAUUUCUAUUUACUCACGCCAGUUUGUUUUUACAAAAAUAUGUGUAUGGUUUUUAAAAAAAAAAAAAUAAGCUGAAUGUUAAGCUUUGAUGUAGAUGAAUGAAUGUCAGUGUGUCUGCUGGACCUUGACCAAGCAUCUGUGUACGAGUACAUAACCACUGUUAAAAACACUCUCAGUGGAGGCUUUUUAAUUAUACCUAAUGGACUUCAAUGCUGAAUCAAUCAGAAGUUAUUCAGUUACUAUGUGAAGUAUCUGGUUGGCCAUUUCUAUUGAGAUACAACCGAGACAAGAAACUCAUUCUGAUGCAUUGUGCAAUAGAAGCCAGAGACCCUUUCUUCCGUCCACACUGAAGCUUACUGAAACUUAAGACUCCUUUUUUUUGUUUCGAGAAGAUUUUUGAAGAAUUUAACCUUUGAACUAAUUUUCCCACCUUGCCUCUGUCUGUCUGGCUUGCUGGCUGGUUGGUAUUUGCGUGGAAAGGAGGAACUGUUAAUUGUGUUUGACAUCACUCCAUGCAGUUUUAAACUCGGCAUGUGUGGGAUCACACAGUCUCCCAGCCACUUCUUCACCAAACAGAAACGGAAUCCAGAGCGGAGACACAUGGCACGGGAGUCAGGCACAAUACCAAAUACAAUGGGUUUCUCUUAAUGCAGUACAGAAAAAGAGACCUUUGCAUUUGGUACAAACAUAAAAGACAUCUACGUUUUCUAUGUCUCUUCUUAAAGGGGUAUUAUCAUAGCACUUAUUACAAGAGUUAUGCUCCUUCUGUGAAGCCAAUAAAUCAGAUAACGGAGUGUAUAGUAAAAAAAAAAAAAAAAAAAACUUCUUAUGGCAACUUUGAACUUUUUUCCUUUGUUUUUGUACCUUACUGGUAUUCAAAAAAAAAAAACGUAUUUGUUUGUCGUCCAUCUCUGGUCCAGAAACUUGAGUGCAGAAAAAAAAUCACAAUGAAGGGAAGAACAAACUCUACAAUCAUCCAAAACUUGCAAUGUAUGUUUUUUGUGUCUGUACUUUUUCCCCCUUUCUAUCAAAGUGAAUGUCAUUGUUACUCAAAUGAAAUAGUCAAAUGUCUUUAUCUGUCUGGAGGAGGCACCUCGAUUAGAAAAAGGUUGAAAAGGUGAAUGUGGAAACUCAUAGGAGGACGUUUGAUUCUCCAUCAAAACUUUCUCCGUGCACCUAGUACAAUGGAAUGCAAGAAAGGACAGUAAUGACGUCAUGAUAUGGACAUUGGCGUCGUCAUUUAUCAUUUGCGUCCUUGUUGUCGUAACUUAGGUACGGAUCUUCGAAUGUCCACCGUUCCUUCUCUGGAUAACAUCACACCUCUCAUUCGUCCUCACCUACUCAUGGUCAUUGCAUGAUCUUUUUCGCUGGAGUUUGAGAUGGAAUGGAAUUGCCAGUGUUGUGAAACAUGUCUUUUUUUCACAUUCUCUUGGUCUUCAUGCAGUGGUCUUGAACUGCCUGCAGUGCAGGUGCCUCUGUAUACCUGUCCUGUAUAACGAAUGCAAAUGAAGAUCUAUGGUGUGGGCCGUAUUUGUUUUGUUUUAGUUGCUGUUAACAGUGUUCUUAGGUCAUUUAGAUUAGGGCCUCUUCUGUUGAUGCACCUCACCCUGGGUGUCCCACCUCUGACUCAGCUGCUAACAUCUUCUUUCUCUUGUGUGGCCUCGGUGAAGCCAACCCUGUUGUCGAGACAAGCCGCCCGUACUUGAAAAGCCCUGUCCGAGCAGCGUUUCUAUGGACAGACUCUUUCUGCCACUGGCUCUUUAACUACAGCACACGGUAUGCUGUCACUAUGCAAAGUUAGAGAAGAUGGGCACGUAAUGUCCGCCCUGUGCCAAUCUGUGGAAGUAUCUCACAGUCCUCCCAUAAUACUUUCUUACAUACUCAAGGCCAUUGCCAUCCUUGUAAAUUUCAAGCCAAUUUAAUUUUUUGGAGGUCUGUGUGUUAAUUCUGCUGGAUUUGAUAAAUCUCAUUUCAAUACAAUCUCAGGGCACGACAAGAUGAACUAAAUUUAUGUUUAUUGAAAGUUGGUCGUUUUGAAGAUUUAUCAUUUGUAAGUGGUUUUACGCAUUCAGUGAUGUGUAUGCAGCUUACAAAGUGUACAUUAAAGAAACGCAAGAGGAUAUUUUACAGUGGGGCAAUACAUUUAGGAGGGUGGCUAGUUUGGGUCUGCUGCAGAGCCAUCAGUUCAUUUAUACAGUAAAUGGGACCUGCUUAUCUUACCUCUCUGCUGCUGGUUGUGUUGAAUUCCCCUUAAGGUCUCAUGUGCCAAUAUAUACAUAGAUAUAUGUAGAGUACACUGUGGCAACUUCACAUCUUAAAUUCCAAUGUGUGUCGUUUUGUUGUAGAGCACUUCUGUUUGGAGGCACUUUGAUGAUUCUUGUGUGUUUGAGGUGGGGUUGGGUUCGAAAGGGUUGAGGAUAUUCAUCAGAUAUAUUUGUCACCUCAUGCUGAUUAUUUGUGAUAAUCUUGUUGCUGUCAUUGAAAGAAUCCUUUAUAACAAGCAAGAACUUUAACAGCAUUGGGGAUUAUGGUGUGCUAAUGGCAUACAGAUCAUGAGUAAUCCCUGGUACUUUUUUUGAAUACCAAAAAUGUAAUAGCAUUUUAAUAUCUUUUUUUUUUUUUAUAAAAGUUUGACAAAAACACAAUUAAAAAUGCACUUCUUGCUGAUAUUAUCUCCUGUUUGCUGGUCACAUUCUGAAGGUUGACAGCGAGCUGGAGUGCCUUUUGUGUAUGCUGUAUUAACUGUUUGUUUGUAAAAAAAUGGGGCCCUGAACUGUACAUUUCCAUCUCAGUUUCAGUUCGUUUGGGGCCUUCAAGCUGUAUAAACCUUUUUUUGUUCUUUUGGAAAAAGACAUUUCAGCAGAUGUGUCUUAAGAAAUUAAAGUGACUUUUUUUUUCUGUUUCUGGGUGGGGGUGGGGGUGGGGGGGUUCACUGUUGCCUGUGUAUGUAACUGCCUUGUUCCAAACUCAGUCACAGCUGACUGACAGUGAACCACAAUGUGGCUGUAAUUCCAAACAGUCAAACAUCACAGGAAGUCUCUGGUGACACCAGCAUAGGUAGACUACAACUAAACAUUAUCCUGUAUAUUAUCAUGCUCAUUAUCUGAAAAAAAAAAAAAAAAAUGCUAUCGGAUUUCUGAAUCCUUCCCUUUUGAAACUACUGGGUAAAAUAUAAUUUGAAUUAAGCAAUAGACCUUGAUCCUUGCAGUGUGUCAUCUGAGAGAAUUUUCCUGAAAGAAAAAAAAAAGAGUGAUCAAUGAUAGAUACCAAACAGUCUUAUUGGAGUAGCAUGUUUAAAAAUAAAUGACACAGGACAUACAUGCAGUAUUUGUGUAUACCUUCAAUCAUUAUGUUUUAUCUCUUAAUUAUAAACCAUGUUUUUGUCUCUAGGCAAAGAAUGAAAAAUCAUAAACAUAUCAAAAGAAAUAUCUUCACCGAUACUUGAAUUAAAGUGCGCCAAUUGUAAAAUGUGAAUUUAUUUUUUCAUACAUUUUUGUUUGGGUCUGACACUUUCAAGGUAUUUGAUAACAUGCUCACAAGAUUUAACAUUCUUCACAAGAAAGAAAAGAAAUGCGAUCUUAAAAAAAAAAAAAAAGGUUGAAUGUGUUUGAGUGGUUUUGUAUGUGCGCUCUCUAAUCACUGCUUCUCGUCACGGGGCGACUGUCUGCAAUUAUGAUCCAUUUACUUAGUAUGGUGUACUAUCGCUGUUAUUUUUAUGUGUGUGUGUUUUUAAAAUUGUUCUAACAUGGUUACUAUCUAGCGUUGCACUGAGUGUCUUUUUUCCCUUGCUCAGCUAUACUAAAAAACUGAAAACUGCAGGGGAGAUGAUGACAAUUCAUGUGUUAAUGUUUACUCAAGGACUUUAUGGAUUUAUUGUCAUCUUAAAAUGUUUAAAACCUGUAAAAUUGUAUCCUCAUAGUGGCUUUUAAUGUGGAGUAAUUCCCACAAGAGUUAUCAUUUUGAAGAGUGUUGCAUCAUUUCAAUUGCAUUAUUAAAAUAAAAUAAAAAAAUACAAAAAAAUGCCAUAGUGAGAAAGUUGGUAGAGAAGCAGUUACAUUUAUGGAUGAACAGUAAAGAUAACCAGAUGCUAGUUAGUGACAUUCUGACUCAUUUCAAAAGGUGCCUCUCUUCCAUUCUGUGAAAUUCUUUUUCUUUUCAAAUCUACCUACCGUUUACAAAAGGUUGAAUUUUGUGAACUUGCAAAAAGAAAAAAAAUUGAUUAAAAGAAUGCAAGAAAAAAAAAACUUCUUCCAUCAAAUAAAUGUGAAAAAAAAAAAAACCUUUUCAAAUGAAGACGUAUGCUACUUGCUGAACUCUGGGAUUGUUUCAGUGUUGCAUUGUGUUUUGCUUAUGAAUUACAUUAUUAUUGUUCUUGUUGGUUGAACUAAUGCCGAAAUGUCUUUAAGUUUUCAUUUCUGUAAAUGUAACAUGAUUCUGUCACUGUCUUGCACACUGACAAUGGACUUGGAUAUUUUCUCAGGAAGAUUAGGGGUCCAGAGUUCCAGUUCCACUGUUAUAAGGUUGAUUAUCAUGAGAAUUUAAGUCAGUUAAUGAAAGAAGAAAAAAGAUGUUGAUAGAAAUCCAGCUUUAAGCACUGAAGGUUAUGGAUUUAAAAAUGUCUUUUUGAAUUUUAAUCCGUAGCAGAUACACAUUUACCAAAUAUUAGAUUUGUAGUGAACCUAUGCGUUAUAUUUCUUGAAGUGGAGUACUUUCCAUUUGAAAUAUGUUUGUUUGUAUCUGUCGCUUUAUGUACAAAUACAGUUUUGUUUAUUGGUUAGGUUGUGGAAGGACCUACCACUGUUUGAUUUUACCUUGCCUGAUGUUUCUCAACGAGGUCCAGUAAAAGAUGCUUGAUAUUCCAUCCUCUUGUCUUUACUUGUUUUAAAAAUUUAGUAGAGGCCUGUAUGCAAAGGCCUGAGAAUUGUAGAUUAACACAGAACUUGAACUCUUACCAGAACUUCUUACUAGUUUUUGAGUGUAGGAUGAAAAUACUCCAAGUUAAUUCUCCAUCUAGGUUUAACACUAGAUGCAGAAAUAAGAUGUUGUGAAAGGAAUAAGAAUCUAUGCACAAGUUUGAGGGGGACAGUAUGUCCAGACACACUAUUCUUACAAGGAUACAAGGGUCUUUUUGGUGGGUAGGGGGAUUUCCAGUUUCUUUGUAUGAGUUUUCAUUUUAAUCAGCAGAAAGUGUCAUCACCAUGCUCUGUCUUUCAACCAAGGAUCAUCAUCAACCAAGCACUGUGGGUUUAUGCAAAUCUCUGACAUUCUGGUGUUUAAAUGGAACGAUGGGUUGUGAAAGGGAAUUUAACUGUUUCUCUUUAUUGUUCAGAUAUUAAGAACAAGACUGUACUGAGAUUUAACAAUGUUGCUGGCUUUUAAAUGUUUUUUUUUUUCCUUACCCAUAAAUGGAUAGCUGACACAAAAAUGAAAAUCCUGUCAUUUACUCACUCUCAGGUUGUUCCAGAUCUGUACGAGUUUCUUUCCUCUGGUGAACACAAAAGAAGAUAUUUUGAAAAAUGUUACUGGUAGCCAUUGACUUCCUUAGUUACUUUUUUUAUGUUGUUGUUUUUUUCUCUCACUAUACUAUAGAGAUACCAACAACUGGUUACCUACAUUCUUCAAAAUAUCUUCUUCUGUGUUCAACAGAAGAGAGAAGUUUAUACAGGUUUGGAACAACAUGAAGGUGAGUAAAUGAUGACAAUUUCAUUUUUGUGUGAAAUAUCCUUUUAAUAGAAUGUGAUCGUUGAGGACUUGCACCGAAAAAGUCUUUCCAUGUGCUAUGGAGAUUAUUUCAGCCUAUAUUAAUAAACAGCAUUUUUCCUCUUGAA